GAGAGGCUGAGGGUUGGAGGUGAAAGGCUGUGUCUGGAGCCGGAGUGUCCCCGGUCUCCUGACUGUGAGUAUGCUGCUGCCGGUACACCGGCUCGCCAGUGUCACCGUCACCGUCACCGUGCUGGCUGCUGCCGCCCGCAGGAUCGGUUCACUAUCUGCUCAGUUUAGACCUGCCGUUAGAAAGUCUGAAACUGUUAUUCAGGCAAACAUGAAGGUGGAAUUGUUGCCAGCACUGGCUGAUAACUAUAUGUAUCUCCUCAUUGAUAAUGAAACCAGAGAAGCAGCAAUUGUGGAUCCAGUGGAGCCUCAGAAGGUGGUUGAAGCAGUAAAAAAGCAUGGAGUAAAGCUGACUACGGUUCUUACCACACAUCACCACUGGGACCAUGCUGGAGGUAACACUGAGCUGGUGAAGAAGGUACCUGGUCUCCAGGUCUACGGUGGUGAUGACCGGAUUGGAGCUCUCACGUGCAAAGUGAGCCACAAGAAAACAUUCCAGGUUGGCUCUUUGAAUGUGAAAUGCCUGUUUACACCCUGUCAUACAUCAGGACAUAUCUGCUACUUUGUGACAAAAGAGAAUAGCAGUGAAGCACCAGCUGUAUUCACUGGCGAUACACUAUUUGUUGCUGGAUGUGGCAAAUUCUUUGAAGGAUCUGGUGAGGAAAUGUACCGAGCACUGAUUGACAUUCUUGGCAGCCUGCCACCUCAAACGAGAGUGUACUGCGGGCAUGAAUAUACCAUCAACAAUCUCAAAUUUGCCCGUCAUGUUGAACCAAACAAUGAAGCCAUCAGACAGAAAUUAUCCUGGGCAAAGGAACAUUAUGAUCUUGGAAAACCUACCAUCCCAUCCACUAUUGGCGAGGAGUUCAGUUACAACCCUUUCAUGAGAGUGAGGGAGAAGAGCGUACAAGACCAUGUUGGACAGAAAGACCCAAUUUUGACCAUGGAUGCAGUCAGAAAAGAAAAAGAUCGAUUUCAAGUUCCAAAGGAUUAAUUGCAUCUGUACAAACACUUACCUCCAGCACAGUUUUCAAUGCAGCACCUUUAAGUGUGCCUGGAGUGGCAGUGAUCUACAAAGUACAUGUUCAGUGGUGAAUGUUCUGUGAAAUAAAUUGAAUUUGCUU